AUGGGAAAUAAAUUGUGCAAAAAGAAAUCGCAGGAUGCUGUGGAUAAUGCUAGCAAAUCACCCUCUCAGUUCGACAGGAUUAUCAACAGACUGCACAUUCGACCUAAUUCCUGGAAAUCGGAUCCGCAGCUGAACCAGAAACAAGUCAAAAGAUUGGAGAAGAUUCCAAAUGAAAAACAAAACAAUGUAAUAACCACUAAACCACUUUCGAAAUCUUCCGACUGGACUGAAGUUGAUCUGGAAGUACCUGAUAACGAGGACCAUCCUAUUCACCUUCACAAUCCAAAACUUAAUCUUAUUUUUAAUAAUGAUAAAGGAACACCCACGCCUCCUCCUAGAAAACACAAGAAGAAUUUAAGAGAGAAAAUCGAAGCAGUAGCGAAGACUGGACUGCAAGCCUUUCAGUCGAAAAAACCGCAGGUAGAAGCCACUCCUCCUAAACCACCUGUAGAAGUAGAAGAACCACUGUUUGUCAAAAAGACGAUCGACUACAGAUGCCCGCUUUGCGAUGCUGAUGAAGCCAAUUUUAAUAGGGACCAUCAUCAUCACCACCAUCACGAACAUAAUCAUCUUCUAAACGACAAAAAUGAUAACAAAACGGACAAGUUUAUUAAUUUAAGAGACGAAAAAGAGAACUUGAAAAGGAAAAAGACUUUAUCCGUGUAUUCACUUCCCAAUUACGAUGAAUUGAAGUUGACUGUUUCCGAAUUUAAAGAUGACAGUAAAGGACCAUCCUCUCUAAAGACGGAUAAAAAAGGUCAUCUUUCAGAAAUAUCUCUACCAGUAGACCACAAAAAGACUGCAACAGGCUCUACAGGAAAGUUGGAUACAUACAUAACAAGAUGCCGAAGUUUUGGAUCCAUAUUUCCGCAACAGUUGAAGAAGUUACGUCCGCGAAAAGCACCGACUGAUAUCGAAAGCGAUGAUUCGUUUGGUGGUUUGGAGGACUGGGACUUAGGUCUAAUAGAACAUUAUAAUCCAAAAGAUGCUAGUUUACCAAGACCAAGGAAACCAGUUGUUAAUGAUGAUGCCGUAUUAGCAGGCCUAGAAGGCAUGAUAGUGACAGAAGAAGAAAUAGAAAAAUUAACUCCUAAACCCAAGCCUAGAAGAGCUGAGUCCCUUGUUAAAAAGAUUAACAGGGAAGCGGCAGAAGAAGCAUGUAAAAGAAAUAAUGAAUUGCUCAAUUCUAAAAAUACUCCAGAUAUUCAGCCGCAUAGUAUCACACCUCCUUCAUCUCCCAUACAAGAACCUGUGAUGAGGAAAGCUGUUAGCAAUUUACCAAAAGAAGAAGACAGUAAAGUUGAACACUCAAGUUUAAUAAAGAUUUUAGAAAAAUUCAGCAUGGCCGACAAACAAAUCAAGGACAAGAACGAAAAUACUGUACCAAGACAUAUUGAUAGUAAUGAGUCUUCGCUUACACCUUCGCUGGUUGAGUUCGAAAAAAAUUUGGCAAACUCUAUCGAAGAAUAUGUUAAAGUCGAAAAUGCAAGUGAAAAGUUGGAUGAUAAGAAAGUCAGAUCUGAAGAUAAAAACAUUAAUAGCGCAAUCAUGACCUAA